CUCAUCUCUAGAAAAAAUUACAAGCUACAGGGGUUUUAUGGGAAAGUUCGUUUGCGUGGCUGUUGCUAUAAAUACUGGUUCUGUGGCAGAGCUAACCUGCCUUAGCUUAGUCCUCUUCACCUGCUGUUUAUCAGGAAGACAGGAACUAUUAGUAUUCGAUCUGGUGGGCUAUUGCAUGGCAGCAGCCAGUUCCAAUGGGCGAGCGAUAGCAGGAAGCUUCGGGAAGAGACUUACAAACCAGCUCUGGGCCGCGAAACAAUGCGAUUCUGCUAUGCUUCUGAUCUCUAGGAGGGCAUCGCACUCCGGUUCCAACUAUGAUAAAGACAUCGAGGAGCAAGUGAACCCGGUCAAGGUGCCUGACUAUGUGAUUCGAACCCAAUCGGAGAAGUUCUGGGGUUCCAACUAUGAUAAGGAGAUCGAGGAGCAAGUGAACCCGGUCGAGGUGCCUGACUAUGUGAUCGGAACCCAAUCUGAGAAGUACUGGGGCCCCAAUCCCGCAACCGGCGUCUUUGGCCCCGACGAUCCGAAAGCCGGUGUCGUCGCCAAAGGCGGCGGCCGGGGCCGGCUGCGGCCGUGGCCGCUCUGAGCCGCCGGAAUCUGGUAAUCGCGGUCCGUCGGCGCUGGACGAGACCGUCUGGUUUCGACAAUUCGACGUUGAUGACGUCGAUCCGGAGGACCAAAAGUGAGCCCGGUUCAGAUGCCACGUGGCGUCCACUGGUAAGUGGAUCAGUUCUCGUAAACUUUUUGAUGAAUAUAAAUAAUGAAUGAAUAUGUAGUGCGUGAAGUGUGCGUCGUAUAUGCUGUAUCUGUAUCGCGGCGUAAUUGCAGGAGCCACUGCGAUGCUUCUAUCGCAUCCUUUUCGUUUCACUUGCUGCAUAAAACCUUGUAUUUUGUUUUGCUAUAGUGUGUUCUCUUUUUUUU